AUGUCUAAUGUUGACGUUCUACUGGAGGAACGUGUGGAAAAAUUUGUUGAGAAAACCAGCAAUGAAGGAAGACGAUUAGCUUUGAUCACUGUAAGUUUUUUCUUUACUUUUUUGUGUUAUAUUUAGGAUAAAGCUGCCAAAAGUUAUACUAAUCAUACAAAAAAUUCUGGAUUAUGACUAUUUCAGAGUGGCGGAACGAUUGUGCCUUUGGAGAAGAAUACAGUACGCUUUAUUGACAAUUUUUCGCAAGGUACUCGAGGAUCCGCAAGUUCAGAGUACUUUUUGAAGCACGGUUACAAUGUGAUCUUCUUUUACAGAGAAAAUAGUUUGAAGCCGUUUUCAAGACACGCUCCAAAUUUGUUUGAACAAUUUGUGAUUAACGAUGAAGGCAAACCUAUUUGUGAGUAGUUUUUGAUAGUUCAUUUUUAGUUACUGCUUUUUUAAUAAUUUAUAAACAUUAAAUUUUAGUCACACCUACUCCAGAAGUGGAAAAAGCAAUUGUGGAGAACAAAAAGUACGGUGACAGGUUAUUAUUCAUCACUUUUACUACGGUAGAACAGUAUCUACAUGAAAUUGAGCUUAUCUGCAAGCACGUUCAUAAACUCGGACCAAGGGCGUUGAUUUAUUUGGCUGCUGCUGUUUCUGAUUUCUAUAUCAAAAAAGAAGAAUUAGUAAGUUGAUGUAGAACUAGUCUUAUUACCGUUAGAAUUUUUAUUUUUAUGAAAUUUGUAAUUUGUUUUUGUUUUAGCCAACUCACAAGAUCCAGUCAAAAGAAGGUGAUCUACAACUGCGUUUAAGCGUGGUAACUAAGAUACUGGAUCGACUGGUUACUGCUGUUGUGCCACAAGCUUUCCUCAUUUCAUUUAAGGUAAUUCUAAGUUAUAAACGAUUUUGAAUGUGCGGGUCAUCAAAAAUUUUCCGUGGUAAUGUUAUUUAAAAUAUGGAAAUUGACCUUUAAAUCUAGCAAAAUUUACAGUUAGAAACAGAUCCAGAAAUGUUGAUUCCUAAAGCUCAAAUGGCGUUAAAGAAGUAUGGUCAUUCGUUGGUAAUAGCGAACAUGCUGGCUAACCGAAAAACUGAUGUCACUUUUGUGCAAGCAGACAAAAUUGAACCACUAAAACUGACCGAAGACCAAGUCAAAAAUGGCAUUGAGAUUGAACAAAAGAUUAUAGAAAAGUUGUGCUUGGAACAUGGCAACUUUUUGGCCAAAAAGGGCCAAGGUAACAAAAUAGAGUACUGUAAACAAGAUGACUGUAGGUUAUAUUAG